AUGGUGAAAUUUAAAAAAACUCUUAAGUUCACGGAGUCGUCUGUGCAGGGGAGGAAGUUCGAGGCCGAGGUGAAGAUCAUCAGCCGGCCGAGGCACCGCAACCUCGUGCAGCUGAUCGGCUGGUGUGACAGUUGCAAGGGGUUCCUGAUCGUCUAUGAGCUCGUGUCGGAGGGGAGCCUUGACAAGCACAUUUACAACGGUGCGAGGUGGCUUGCCUGGCCUGAAAGGUACAAGAUCAUCAUCGGCCUGGGCUCCGCGCUGCGGUACCUCCACGCGGAGUGGGAGCAGUGUGUGGUGCACGGCGACAUCAAGCCGAGCAACAUCAUGCUCGACUCCUCGCACCAAGCCAUGCUGGGGGACUUCGGCCUGGCGAGGCUCUUCGACCACGGCGUCCGGCCAGCCACGACGCGGGUGGUGCUGGGCACCGCGGGUUACAUCGACCCGGAGCUCGUCAACACGCGCCGCCCCAGCACGGAGUCGGACGUGUACAGCUUCGGCGUCGUCCUCCUGGAGCUCGUCACCGGCCGGCGCCCCGUGGAGGAGCCCAACGACAGCAUUUGUCACGAGGGUAUAGAAAAUUCUCACAAUAAUAAAAAACUAAGAUCAUUAGAUUUGAUGAUGAUCUAA